CGUUCUCCUUCUGCUGUACAACCACAUCAAGGACCACAAGCACCUCCUCUUCAAACCCGUGAAUCUGAUACGAGUCCCUCUUGCGAAACCGGUUCUGGUGAUACUACUGUUGAUUCCUGCACUGCUGGUACUGGGAGUGGUCCAGGUCAUCAAACGGGUGGUGGUAGUUCAAACCAUGGAUCCAGGUCUGGUGCUGGUGCUGGUGCUGAGGGGAGUGAAGCACACAAUCAGUUAAAUGUACAACAACAGCAGCAGGAUACUCUUUCAGGUCAACAUGGUAGUUCAAAUGGCAGAGACCCUGUGGUGAGUCAACCAGGUGUGCAAGGGUCAAAAGGUGAAGAUGGACGGCAGGAGAAUGGGAAUAGUGUCGAUCAAGGGAUGAGGACUGAAGGAUCAACAACACGUCCAGUGAUCAGUGAAGGGGCUGAUCAGAAUAACGGAACUCAACAGCCCGAAGGGAAUGGUUCACAGUCCUCACAAUCCUCAGGUGUAGCUAAUACAGAUACAAGAGAUUCUCAGAGCAACCAAAGCGAUACAACAGAACAACCUCAGUCUUCGGACAACAACCAAACUUCUCAAGGUCAGAAUGGUGAAGCUGACAAUGCUAAUGGUGCUGCGAAACCUGCAGAGGAUAAUUCAACAAACGAGACUGAAAGUAAAACCAAUAAUGAAGAAUCAACCACCACUACCACCACCACCACAACAACAACACUUCCUCCUGAACUCACAAACAACAAGAAGGGUGAUGCAGACAGCAGCAGCAGUAUGAGCAGUUCUGUGUGGGUGCGUGUACCACUACUGAUUGUGGUUACACUGGCCUGUAUUCUUGUGUGCUGA